GAAAACAACCAUUUUUCAGUGGGUUUGUUUCUUCGGAAUCGAGUUUUCACAUGUCAAGAGAAAAUGUUAAGGCAUAUUUAAAACAGUAUUUCUGUAUUUUAUUUAGAUUUUUUGCAUGGUAUUGAUAAAUAUUAAGUUUAAUAGCAAUCAUGUCGUAUAUUACGCACUUUAAACAUCAGAGGAAUCCCAACUUUUUACAAGAAACGUACCCAAAUGAUAAACUGGUUUGUUUUUCAAAACGAAUACGACUCGACUAGUCUCGCUUGAAGAAAUGAAACUUCAAGUUCCUAUGGUAUUGAUAAGUGUCGUUGGAUAUCAUUUGUCAUUGAUUUGACGGACAUUAUCGGUACACCAAAGAAUUAUUGUUUAAUUUCCAUCGAAUAGGCUGCUAAGUAUGAGGUGUUCUUGUGACUAAAUCUCCUGUUGACAACGCCACUUGAAAAGUACAAAAUGGAUGAUUCUGCAUUGUGCUGCUGUGAGUACAUUAAUGAAGAUGGUGAACGAUCCCACAUUCUCGCUGCCUUUUGCAACUGUGAGGCUGUUGAUGAAGCCUUUGAUAGGUUGAUAACACUAAAUCCUGUGGAUGAAAGAACAACUAAAAAAUUUUGGAGGACUUUAUCAGAUCGCUUAAGAAUUCCUUGGAGAGGAGGUGCAAGACAGGUUCCUCUAGACAUAUUUGGUGCAGUUAUAUUGGUACCCUGUAUCAUUCUUCUUGCCUGUAUAUCUUGGACAAUGGCAUUUAUAUCAUACAUAAUCAUUUUUCCUCUUGUUACUUUUUCAAUUCAUAGAUUUUUCAGAAAAAAGACAACUUUACAGAGUGACUCAGUACUAUAUGGAAGUACUAUAUGUAAUGAAAGGAUGCAUGUUAAAAAGCACACUAGAACUAAGUUCUUUCUUGUAUGGUUGAUGGUCUCUGUAUUUUCACUAAUAGUGAUAUAUUUCACUCAAGUUAUUCCUUACCUAAAGAUUAGUCCAUAUGAAAACCUUUUGUUGGUUAUUUGUAUGUGGAUUUCAUGCACAUCCAUGUAUCUUGUACAUGUCACAUCAUGUGCAGGAUUUGAACCUAGGAGCACAGCUGAUGAACAGCUUUAUGGAGAGAUAAUUGAAUCUGGUGCCUGGAGGAUUUGUGGGGAGUGUAAAAAACAAGUUCCAAGGCAGGCUUCACAUUGCCGUACGUGUGAUGCUUGUUUCCUGAUGAGGGAUCACCACUGCAUAUGGUUGGAUACGUGUGUAAGCUGCGUUAAUGAUCGCUGGUUUGUGACUGGGUUAUGGUUUGGUGUGAUGUCUCUAAUGUAUGGAUCCCAUUUAAGUCUUACGUCAGUGUGUCAUCCUAAGUUAUAUGAUCUCUACUUCACUAUGGUCAUGCUGCCUCAUCAGUGUCCAGAUGCUUUUGUAAAUUUUCAGUCAAGGUUGGUAAUAUCUGGAUCAUGCUAUGGUGUACUCUUGGGAACUUUAGUUGCUGUAGCAUUAAUUCAGCAGUUAGUGUGUGUAGUUAGUGGGGUUCGACUACGAGAGUAUCGUCACAGACGUCAGUUACCUGGACAAAGCUGCAUCUGGUCAUUAAAGUAUGCUUUUCGAAAUUGUCUUCAUUUUUGGUGGAGGUAAUUCACACUCUGGGUAUGAAAUAUUAAGCCAUGUGCCUGAACCUGUAUUAAACAGACAGAUUUGUAUUUGCAAAGUUUUUUUUUUUUUUACCCUCAGGAAAGUAGUUCUGGGCUUUAGUGUUUACACUAAAACAAUACUUGGUGCUAAACAAUUUUCUUAAAAGGAUAAUACUGUGUGGAUCUCCAUAACUUAUGAAUCCUGUUUAUUUCCUCCCAUCUUUAAUGACUUCACCAAGAAUCAAAUACGUACAUAUACGUAUAUAAAUAAUUUAGGUAAAUUUUUUCUUCACAGGAAGCUUUAUUUUGAUGCAAUUUUUUUAAAGUGUGAUAUGCCUUUGCCCUUCCCGUAUGCGACAGUAUGUUGCUCUUAAGACUGUUUAGAGAGACUGGCACUAUUAUUUUGUCCUCAUCCUUUAAAUCAAAGUAGAUUAUAUAAAACCACUUAUAAAUCAUGCAAGAGCGAGCUGUGGUGAAUAUGCUGUUGCUGAUUUAACCUGAUAAACGUGUUGGUCAAGAAUAGUCCUUUUUGAAUGUUUUACUUUUAUUUGUCAAAGAAAUGGUCAGUCAAAUAUUAUACUAUAUGCAUGAAACUGUUAAUGUUGCCAUAUUAUAUAACUUUACAUAAAAAAAAAAAAUUUAUUAUCUAAAUUAUGCAGGAAUAAUCAGUAAUUUUCAAAAUUCUAGAUGUCCUUUUAUGCACUGUUGCAACAGCAACACCUGAUGAAAAAUUAGAUAUGAUUACCUUAAUUUAAAUGGCUUGGCAUGUAAACUGAGGUAAUGAAAAUUUAUGAAAAAAAUAAAUGCAGCUUAUAAUUUUGUAAAAUUCAAAUAGAAAACCUUUCACCAAAUAAUCAGUUCCUAUGACAUACAAAACUAAAAAUUCAUGUAAAACAAGUUAUGAAGUGUAUGAUGUGAGGAUGAAGAAAAUGAAAUAAAAAUAUCUAUAAGCUAUGUAAAAUGUUAGUAUUGAUUUACUUUUUAAAUUUGUUUUUAAACAUACUCCAGUGAAAAAUGUGCCCACAUAGUAUGUAUAUCUGGUUUAAAUGGGUGUAAGUUUCCUAAAUAAAUGAGAUUCUAAAACUGAACUUUUAAUUAAAUAUUUCAGACAUAAAAUAAUUUGGUUCUUUAAUCAUGUACUCUUGUAUUGUAGUACUUGGAACUGGUUAUCAAUUCAUUUACUCUAUUGUAGUACUUGAAACUAGUACUACUAUAACUUCACUAUAAAUAGAGCAGAACCAUUUUUAAUUACACAAAAUUGUCAUUUAACAACCAAUUUGCGCAAAAACAUUUUUGCACAAAACCUUUAUUUCUUUUGAAAAAUGAAUACGUGCAAGGACAACUACAAGCUAAACAGCCAACAUACAUAAGGUAGUAUUACCACUGUCUUAGACCUGAAAGUUCUGGGGUAAGAAAGAACAGAAUGGAGAAACUAAUUGACUUUUAACGUUGCACAAAAUUAUACGUGCCUACAGAAUUUGCAAAGCUGCUUGUUACCAUCCCAUAUGAAAAUGUAGAGCCUAUUUUUCUUUAGAAGAUUAAAUUAAGCAAUCUAACUUGCCACAAAUUCAGCCUUCAUGAAGAUCCAACAGUAGACUCUUGG